UCUAACCUAAAUAUUAUUUUCUGUGUCUUAAUAUAUAAGUGCUUGUGGUAUGUAAAAUAAUUCCAAAUAUACUUUACAAUUGCAAAUUAUUAUUUGCCUUUCAUCCUUGUUAAAAAUCCAAAAUGCUGCCACGCACUUUACGACAACCUGUAAAAAUUGGAUUUGCAUCAUUAAGAAACAGUUCCACAGCAACGCAGGCGGCUACAGCUCCGCAAAAUGUGUCUGAAGAAGCUAACACUCAAAGAAAAAAUCCUCUGGAUAGUCCUGACUUCUUCCAAGUGCACAAUCUAUUCACAGUGAAGGAUUUGUUUGAUGCCAGAGUGCACUAUGGUCACAAGGAGGGCUCCCUCAAUGAUUACAUGCGGCCAUACUUGUACGGUUCUAGACUUGGCCACUUGAUAUUUGACCUGGAUGUUACUGCAGAACAUCUCCGUAAAGCUCUCAACUUCACAGCUCAUGUUGCCUACAGAGGUGGUAUAAUCUGCUUCUUUAACAGAAAUGCACUAAAUGCACAUCUUGUUGAAAAAACUGCAAAAGAAUGCGGAGAAUAUGCUCAUACUAGAUUCUGGCGCGGAGGUAUUUUCACAAAUGCUAACCAUCAGUUUGGUGCUGUCACAAGAUUGCCAGAUCUUUGCAUAUUCUUCAACACACAGAAUAACAUUUUAAGUCAACAUACAGCAGUAAGAGAUAGCGCAAAGAUGCUCAUACCUACCAUUGGCAUUGUAGACACAAAUUGCAAUCCUAAUCUAAUCACUUACCCAGUACCAGGGAAUGAUGACACUCCAGCAGCCAUUGAACUAUAUUGCAAACUAUUCAAAGGUGCCAUACAAAGAGGCAAGGAAGCAAGAAUGAAAUUCCUACAAGAAACUGAGUAAAAACAAACUUUCAAUAACAUUCAUUUUAUUAUUUAGAGUAAUAAGGAAAUAAAUGAUAUGUAGUUA